AUGCUUAUAGACGCUCGCGCGACGCGGGCGAAGUCGAGACGCGGCUGCAAAACGUGCAAGAUCCGGCGAGUCAAGUGUGGAGAGGAAAAGCCGCACUGCGUCCGGUGCUCGAGCACCGGUCGCAAGUGCGAGUACGAUGUCUCCAUUCUGAACCUGCACAACCCGCUGUCGCUGUCGCCAAACACCGUGUGGCGAGAGCGCCGGUCCUUUGCCUCCUAUUUCCAGCACACCGCGCCGUACAUUGGCGGCGGGCUGGAUGUGGCUUUCUGGAGCACCGUUGUGCCGCAGGUGUGCCGGAGCGAGCCUGCCAUAUGGGAUGCCAUCAUCGCCGUGAGUGCGCUGUUUGAGACCCCUGAGCCGCCAGCUCCGGAGUUUGGCCCCCUCUCGUCCUGGAAGAAGGGCCAGAACCACCGAGAUGCGCUGGCCUGGUAUGCGCGCUCGGUGUCUGCGGUUCGCCAGCGGAUCGAGCGUGGUCGCUUAGACAUCUUUGUCGGGCUGAUUAGCUGCAUCCUCUUCAUCUGCAUCGAGGGCCUGCAGGAAGGCGUGGAGGAGGCCAUGCGCCUCUAUAACCAGGGCGUGUGUCUCAUUCUUACUUUGCGCGCCCAAAUAGCUGCCGGCGUCGUGUCGGCAACCAAAGCUUCGCUGCUAGAGGACACGAUCGUCCCCAUUUUCGAUCGUCUGGGGGCCAUCGCUCUCCCUAUCGGAACCCGGGUGCAUACGUUGCAGCGAGACACUAUAGAUGCAUCGAGACAAGAGUUUAUCUCCCUCAAGGCUGCCCGGGAAGCCGCCGUGUCUCUCGCCGCGGAUGUCCAGUUCUUCGAAUAUAUAUGCAUUGAGCAUCUACGAGAGACCGGCGCCUCUCACGUCGACCAGGAAUUAUUAGGGCAACAAACAACCCUAUCAGCCAGGCUCAGCAGCUGGCACACUUCCGUCACCAACCUGCUAGACUCCCUACGCGCCAAGGGCCUUUUAUCACCACAGCAAACCGGCACCGGCGCUCUUCUCCUUGCCCAUCACGAGAUGCUAUAUACCAUAGUCCGAACCUGCACAUACCCAUCACUGACCGCCACCGACGCCUAUCUACUAAAUUAUCAGAACAUAGUUGAACAAUCCAGCAUUGCUCUAGACGCCUCGGCACGAUCCGACGGCACACAGCCUCCGUACACCUUUGAACUCAACAUCGGCGUCCCGCUUUGGUUCACCUGUCUGCGGUGCCGCGAACCGCAAACUCGGCGCAUGGCACUGGCCCUAUUACGCCGCGCGCCCCGCGUCCAGGGAUUCUCCCAGCGCCACUCUGCAGUAGAUUUCGGGGAACGUAUCAUGGUUCUAGAGGAGAGAAACGCAAUGAAAAUGAACGCACCGCUCACACCACUAUCACCACUCUCUCAAUCUCCCAGCAGCAGCAGCAGCAGCAGCCGCAUCUCCCGAUUCGACCCAACCGUCUUUCUCACCACCCCCAACCACGAAUAUGCGCCAACCCCCCACUCCAUACUCAGCGACAUUAACAACAAUAAUAACAAAAUAUCAGCCGCCGCACUCAUCCCCGAAGAAGCGCGCAUCGGACCCGUAAGCAUAUUCCGACCACAAGACGGCUUCCCUCGCGGCACGACGGAGCAGGACAUUGCCAAAUGGAAGAUGCGGGGGCCGAAGCAGAUAUUCUUACGGUUGUCGUGGAACGAGCAUGAUGUUGAGAGCGAUACGUGGCGGACGGUGCACGAAUAUGUGCCUACUACUUUUUGA